GGUUGUGUAAACAUSGAUGAAACCCGCCCGCCGUCGGGGCUGUGCACAAACACGGCAGUCAGGGUUUGGGGUGAGAGCAAGGCUGUGGUGGCUGACUGCACAGGAAUCCCCAGGCUCCAUCCGACCCCAUCCCUGCUGCAGCUGGGCUGGGGUAAUCCCUGGAGCAGGAGGGAUGAGCAAAACCUGCUGGCACUGAAGCUACACCUCGAGAAAGGCGCUGCAGGGAGAGCAGGUAUGGAUGGGAAGAAAUGCAGCGUGUGGAUGUUUUUACCUCUUGUCUUUACCCUGUUUACAUCAGCUGGAUUAUGGAUAGUGUACUUUAUAGCAGUGGAAGAUAACAAAAUUCUCCCACUAAGUGUACCGGAUAGGAAACCUGGUUCCAAAAGACCGCCUUAUAUAAGUAUUGCAGGUGAUGCACCUCCUGCAAGCUGUGUGUUUAGUCAAGUCAUGAACAUGGCAGCAUUUCUAGCGCUCGUCGUGGCCGUCCUGCGCUUCAUUCAGCUGAAGCCAAAGGUGCUCACCCCGUGGCUGAACAUCAGCGGCUUGGUGGCCUUGUGCUUGGCCUCUUUUGGGAUGACCCUCCUCGGCAACUUCCAGCUUUCCAACGAUGAAGAGAUCCACAACGUGGGCACAUCGCUGACCUUYGGCUUCGGGACAUUGGCGUGCUGGAUCCAGUCUGCCCUUACCCUCAAGAUCAACCUGAAGAACGAGGGGCGGAAAGCYGGGAUUCCACGAGUGGCUCUCUCAGCCAGCAUCACCCUCUGCGUGGUGCUCUAUUUCAUCCUUAUGGCCCAGGGCAUUCACAUGCAUGCUUCCAGAAUCCAGUGGGGCCUGGUGAUGUGCUUCCUGUGCUACUUUGGCACCUUUGCAGUGGAGUUCAGGCAUUACAGAUUUGAGAUUAUUUGUUCUGAGUACCAGGAAAACUUCCUGAGCUUUUCUGAAAGCUUAUCAGAAGCCUCCGAGUACCAGACAGAUCAGGUGUAGCCUGUCUUCUGGCAGGGGGGGAGGGGGGCAGGUGUGGUCUCAUGGGUGAAAAUGACCUCAUUUACACUUUUAUUAGGAGUUUGUUUUCAUGUGCAAUCAUGAUGRCAUUGCCAAAGGGCUCUGAGGGUGGCUGUCUCACCGAGAGCCAAACAAACAGAGGUGUCUGCUGGAAAAGGAGUGGAUCCAUCUCAGCGGCAGCGUGAGAGUGCACAAACUGUUUCAUUGUGACUCUUUCCGAGUGGCUCUGUCACACUCCUGUUCAAAACAUUGAGCAGCCUGUCUUUGUGACUCCCCUCUGGGAUAAGUCCUGCUCAGCCCACCCUGCAGAGAAGGAGGUGAAGGAAGYAGAUUCCUCCAGCACUAAGAGUCUUCAGGAGUCACGCCUCCCGAGCUGCCAGACUGCAUCUUCCGUGUGUUUCUCGGGUUCUUUUCUUGGCUGCCAACCAGGGGAACUUGGUAGGGUGAGCAAGAGCAGCUGUUUCUUCAGAACCUGGAAUCAGAUGUGGAAGACCCCAACCUGUGGCUUUUAUGGCAAGCAGGCAGGCAUUUCUUCCAGCCUGGGAAGCAGCCGACGUAAAUUUGGGUUUGGAGGGAACUGUUCUGUGAUUGGGAAGUGAGACUUGGCUGAUGCUGCCUUGUAGCCGGGCAGAUCAUCCCCAGGCCAGAGGGGAUGACACGGUGGGUGCUGUUCUCAGCUUCAUGGUGGGGACUGAUGCGAGUGAGGUGCUGAAUUAAGAUGAGAAUGUCUCUGUGCUCUGAAGGUGACCCAGAAAAGGCUGCUCUUUCCAAGUGUGUAGUGCUUCCACCACACAUUGUGUAUAGUAUUUCAAAAGCUUUUUAAAAAUUUUUUUAUCUUCACUGAGGGGGAAAGCAUUGUGUUAGAAAUACCAGGUUUGUCUGCCACGAGAACAGUGCCAGUGGUUCUGGGCACAGGGUUUGGUUUUGCUCCUUGUGCAAGCCAUGCUGGGCUGGGCUCUCAGUGUGGCCAGCUGUUCUGAGUGGAGUGUGCCCCAGGUUUAAAUGGGCUUCCAAGGUGCCARGAGAGCGUUCUGCCCCAGAGGCUGGGUGAUCUGCCUGAAGGCUGGAGGUGCAGGAAGGGAACAGCAGAACMAGCAGGGUUUCUCCCUCCCUAAAGGGAGGUUUUCAAACAAGGAAGGUUUUCAGAGAAGCAGGAGCUCAAAGCCCAUUUGAAAGCSUGAUUUUGGGAAGGGUUCUGUAUUGGCUGGGCAGGGGAGUGAUGUGAGUUACUUCUCAUGAACAUGGCCACUAUUUUCCUCCACAAAUCAGGCUCAGCUUAGGUUUACAUCUUGUCUAAGCUGCAGGAAAACAGGCAGAAAUUAAAAUGGUAGGAAAAGGCACUUGAUGGGGAACUUGUACUGCUCUGUGGCAUUUCUGACAGAGAAAAGCCAAAAGGGCAUUCAGUCUUCUGCAAAGGUCACAGGCCUCUCCUGAAAGGAGAAACAGUUGAGGCAAACUGUGUAUAAAGCAGAAAGCUUUCAGUCAGCCCUUUAUUUUCUGUGCACCAAAACUUGUUCUCAGGCAGCUAUUACAAAUCUGGAGCAUUUUUGGCCAACAGAGGGUUGUUGUGCAUUGCUGAAGGAUUCUUCCUUAGUGGAAAGCUUUGCUGGAAGGAUGUGCUGAGGGUGGCCAAGAACACAGCAGUGUCAGGUGCUAGCUCCCCAGAAGCUCAUCCAAGGAGCUCCUCCUGGGCAAAGACAGGAGGGCACAGCCUGGAGAACAUGAGGUGGGGAUGCUCUUGCACUAGCAUACACUUAAUCCAUACGGAGCACAAAAUAGCAAUUUGUUGUAAGGGUGUUUUACUGUAAAUAGUCCACUGUGACUACUUUUCCCUAAUUAAUUAAUACUUUCAGUUUAUUAUUUUAGAUUUUGUAAUUUUAUCAAAGGAAAAAAAGAAAAGAUUGUGGUUUUUUUUUCCUUUUGCUCCUUUUCCUAUAUGCAAUCGCAACUGAACU